AUGGCCUCAUUACCAAUCUUGUUGAAGGUUUUCAAUUGCCAAGAGGUUGGUGAUGGAACUGAUUUUUUAUUUACCUUUUGCCCCAAGCUAUUCAGCUUGUCUCUAGAGGCCAUCAUGAAGACGCAAAGCGAUGAUUUCCGCUUGAAUUGUGUAGGAGUCCCCCAAGUCCUCUUGCGAGAGUUCUCGGAAGGGGAUUUGAAGUCGUCUUCGGAAGGAAAUGUUGUCCUACUGUUCGGUAAUCCAGUUGGGGGAAGGGGCUCAACUUUGGCCCUUCCGUUAUUAUUCGUUCAGAGGUUGACGUUGGUGAAGUCAGAAGGUCGCGUCGAGUGGACGGGUGAAGGGACAUCUGAGCGCUUCGACUUCCGCGCCUCGCGUGCCGUUAGUCCCCCAUAG